AUGAUUACAAUGAGGACGCUUUUUUGGGAAAACGGCUUGCCUGUUUUCGAAUCCUAUGAAGACAGUCCAUCACUUCAGUGGGUCAAUGUGUUCAUGAAUAUGACCGAGGAAAUCCUAACUGACUUAGAACUGAUGGAUGUUAUCAUUGAGCGGAUUCAGAAGGUGAAUAUCAUCAUGACUAACAAACCCAAGCAGCUUGAGAUGAAGUUGGUUGUAUCAUUUCCACUGUUGAAUCCCAGCGACAGUUUCAAGGACAGACUAGCCUAUGUCAUCGCCCUUGCCAAUGAUUAUAGGGAAGGUAUCAUAGAUGGGCGCAUUUCCAUUGAUCGUGAUGAUUUGUUUUGGACAGGCCCCCACCCUCUGGACCCCCUGGAGGAGCCUCUGAAAGCGUGA